UAUCUCCUCCAAAUCUCUUCCUUCCUCUCUUCCUCGGUCCUCUCCGUUCCUUUCUCCUUCUGGGGUUUCUCUGCAUCUUCUCUCUCGCUAGUAGAGAGAGGUAGGCAAGGCGGUAUAGUCGCGGAUCUCGAGUAGGUGGGAGUAAAAUAUGAAUCGCUGGGCGAUGCAGCAGCACAACGCUUUCGCCGCCUGCGAAGAAAUGAGGGCCCCCUUCGCCGUUGCGGACCGAAAGCCCCCCGUGUUCUGCCCCAAGCCGCGCCGGCUCAGCCCGCUUCCUGCCUUCGCUGACCCGGUCCGACCCCUCCGUUGGCACUCCAUUCAUCAAGCCGAUUUCACUGAUUUGAAGGCCGGGGCAGAACUUCUUGAUGUAUAUCUAGCAAAGGGUGGAGAAGAGAAUCAGGUUGCUUCGUCCCCGCCGUUCUUUUGCGGCUCGCCGCCCAGCCGUGCUGCCAACCCGGUCGUCCACGACGCUCGGUUCGGGGAGGACCGCCCGCCGGCUCCCUUCGCCCCAUUACCACUGAUCCAGUCCGGCCCGCCCCUGUCCCCCAAUCAAGGCUGCGCCCAUGCCAAGUUUGGCCUUAAGCCGGCUGCCGUGCGCAUCGAGGGUUUUGAUUGCCUCGACCGCGACCGCCGGCGCUGCAGCGGCAUAACCGCUGUGGCUUAAACAUCCCCCCCGCACGCCCAUGCGCUCCGUGCUUUCCUCUGGAGCGCAGUGCAGAAUUAACAUCAAGACAUCAAAAGUAAAAGAAAAAGACCAACAACAAUUAGGUGCUCUAAGCAUAGCAAAACAAAAGGAGAAGAGCGUUUAAGGUAAGGAGGAGAUCUGAGGUGAUUUGGAAGGCCUUUCAACUUUUGUUGUAAUUGUACAUUUUCCUAGUGCCAAUCUUUUCUAUUUGGUAAUCGGAGGGUGACUCUGUGUAGAUACAGAAUGAGAGUGAAGAGUGGGGAAGGCAAGCCUGUUGUUUUUUAUCCAUUCAUUGGAUUUCAGCUAUUGUUAGGUGCUCUGAGAGAGAGAGAGAGAGAGAGCUUCUUUUUGAGCUUAUUUGCUGUUCCCAUUCCAUUGUGUACAAAGAUUUGGAAUCAUGAAACAUGUAAAUACUCAUGAUGUAUAAAGUGUGCUUGAACCAUGUUGUUCUGUUUGCCUCC